ACGGCCCGCCCCGGACCCACCCCGGCGCCCGGGUGCAAAAGUCCCCGUAGCUGCCACUUCUCCUCCUCCUCCUCCUCCGCCUGGGUGUGCGCGAAGAGCGGCCGCCGCCGAGAUGUCUGGGGAUCCCGUAGCAGGCGCUGCCUUGGGCAGCAACCGACGUCUUCAGCAGACGCAGAAUCAAGUUGAUGAAGUGGUGGAUAUCAUGAGGGUCAAUGUGGACAAGGUUUUGGAGAGGGAUCAGAAGCUGUCCGAGCUGGACGAUCGUGCUGACGCCUUGCAAGCGGGAGCCGCUCAGUUUGAGACGAAUGCGGCCAAACUCAAAAGAAAAUACUGGUGGAAGAACUGCAAGAUGUGGGCCAUACUGGUCGCAGUGGUGGUGGUGAUCCUCAUAAUUAUCAUUGUUUGGAGUGUGUACGGGUGAUCCAGCAGAACGUAAAAGUUGUGUUCCACAUGCAAAAAAACUCUUCCAUCCGACCUGCUCUGUUGCCAAGCUUUUUGUAUGGGUGCACAAAUCAUUUAUUCUGGACUGCUGUGUUUAUAACUCUUUAUGUAGUUUGAGCGAUAAGACUGCAAGCUGCAGGAGAAAACCUCACGCCUCCUUUUUGAUCAUGUGCUAAAAAUUGUCAUUUUUGGGAUAAAUCGAUAUUAUUCCUCUCCUGGUUAGACCAUUGAGAAGUGGGAUUGGUUUAUGUUCCUGCUUUUCCUACAAUUAAUAAUUAUUUUUAUCCACAAUUGUGACAUAGAGAACCACGUUGCCUUCAUUAAAUCACAGCAAUUAAUCAAGGGGAGCAGGCCACAACGAGCAAACACUAGUCUUUUUAAGCUGAUUUUAAGUCUCUUGCAAAGAGUUGCACACUUGGUGGAGUUAAAAUAAACACCGUGAACCUAGAGGCCUUUUAGGUGCAAACCUAGUUGAAUGUCGGUUGUUACAACUUAGUGCCUUGUUUGGAUCUGAAUUGAACUGCCUGUUGCUCAGAUGCAGUGAAUGUGGUUGCACAAUUGCAAGCAAAAAAAUAAAAAUAAAAACCACAAGGGCUUUUCAGAAGAAUUCUGACUUUUUGCAACAGUUGUUCUGCAUCGGCAAUCUAGUAAUUCUGUUUUUUAGAUGCCCCCACUUUCCAAUGAGGCUUAUUCUUUUAUUGAUCAAGUCUCUGUGUGGCUUUUCCACUUUUCAUUUCCUAUAUUUGUCUUACUCCUCUCCGUUUAGCACCCCAAAUAGGGCACAAAUACCAACAGUUAAUCCCAUGAAGUAUUCAAGCUGUCUCAUCAGAUUAUUUUUCAACUUGCUUAUAUUUCUGAUUUAUUCUUAUUUUUUGAAUACUUUUGUAUAGGUUAAAAAAAAACGCCGUGAUUUUGAAACACUGAAAAUAAGCUUUUCCUGCCUAGAUUACUGUACUUAUUAUUGUAGUUCUUCUUACCAAUUCCUCACUCAGCCAGACUUGAAUGAAUGUGUUUUUCUACUACUAACAUGGAAUCUUCGUUGUCUGCCAGGCAGAAAAGUUUUCAACAAUCCGGUGGAUCGAGCAGCUGAACUUUUAUUGUAGCUAUUUAAUAAAGAGCGAUUGUCAAUCCGGU